AUGGGAUCGAACAAGGAAGAGAAAGAUGCAAGUUACUUGGAACAUGAAAGAGUUGUGAAGACUAGGAAAGCUUGCUUUUGGUCAAUUUUGGUGAGCGUGGCAGGGGGCCUCAUGUUAGGAUGGUGGGAAUAUCAAUAUCAUCCUACAAAUAGGCAACUGUGGAUGGUGCCCUUUGGUCUCAUCCUUUUUGCUACCCCGGUCAUUGUUUGGUUCUCUGUUAUGGCCUCUGACAUCUGUAAUUUGAAGGAUGAUGAUCAUGUCACGAGGGUGAGUCAACACAGUAACUCGGUUCCUGCCAAGAAAGAUGGGCCAUGGAGCAACCAUGUGAAUGAUGUAUAG